UUCUGCACUACCAAAUGACUCAUCAGCAUAAGUUCCAUUGCGUGGUUACCCUUUUAUUCCCAGCUCAGAAUUACCUCCACCACCACUUGUAUUUAAUCCAUAUAUCGCAGUAUAAAGAGAGCUUUACUUUGCUUCACUCUAUCAGCUCAAAGCUUUCUUCUUCUUCUUCUUUUUUUGUUGCAGGUUCAGCCAUGCUGGAAGGCAAGGCAGUCGUCGGAGAAACCGAUAUGCUUCAAACCAUGCAGCAGGUUGCUCUGGAUGUAGCUGCUAAAGCCCUCGAUUUCUUCGAUGUCACCGAGGCUACUGAGAUCGCACGCUUCAUAAAGAAGGAAUUUGAUAGAGCAUAUGGAAGUGGAUGGCAAUGCAUUGUGGGAACUGAUUUUGGUUCAUUUGUGACACACUGCUCUGGUUGCUUCAUAUAUUUUUGCAUUGGCAGCCUUGCUAUUUUGCUUUUCAGGGGCUCUGCUGCCACUGAACCUGACCCACACCACUUUUCUGCUUUAGAGACACUCAAAGCUUAGCAUUUUACUUACAUUUUCUUUACCUUUUUUGUACCAACUUUAGUUUUAGUCCUCAAAUUUAAUGAAAACAAGAAAAGGAGUUUUCCGCUUCAUCGAUCAAA